UGAUACGUCCUGUCGUUCGAUUAUCGAAUGAUGUGAGAAACUGUGUUAUUUAUUCUAAAAUAACUAUCGAAAUUGUAAAUAUAUAUGCGAAACCAUGUCCGAUAUUAAUAUGGAAAAGUUUGCGGUACCAGAAUUCGUACCCGAACGGUACGUAAAGGAGCUAGCGAAGUCGUGUGUCGGAGGGGAGGAGUUAGCCCAGCAGAAGGAGAAAAUCCAAAGUUUAGCUGAAGAAACCGCAAGUGCCCUCAAAAAAAAUGUGUACGAAAAUUAUAUGCAAUUCAUCGAAACUGCCACCGAAAUAUCCCACUUAGAAACAGAAAUGUACAAGCUAUCGCAUUUGUUAAGUGAUCAACGAAUGGUCCUUACGACUUUAUCACAGGCUUCAGUGCUAGGCAACGAUAAUACGUUAUCCCGCGAGUCACUCGAUAACCAUGACUUGGAGGCAGACAGAGUUGAGGAGGAGCGAAAGAAUAAACUUAAUUCAAUCUCGGAAAAAGUUGAGAGCUGUAUGAACUUGCUGGAUGUUCCCGAGAGACAUCUAUUACACGAAGGAGACUUGCUGGAGAUCGACGCUGAGGAAAACACAGCUUUACAAAGAAUGCAUGUAUAUUUGUUUAAUGAUUGCCUUAUGCUGACCUCUUGGAUAUCAAAUCGACGCGGGCCAAUGAGAUACAAAUUUCAAACAAGUUACCCUAUCAGUACAUUAGCAGUAGUGAAUGUGCGUGACUUAGGUACAGUGAAGCAAGCAUUUAAAGUGCUAGCUUUCCCCGAUACAAGAGUGUUUCAAUGCAAUAGUUUAACAAUAAAAAAAGACUGGCUUGAUAAGUUUGAUGUUGCAAAAAAAAUGCACAUAGAGAAAGAAAACUUAAAACAAAAGAAAAAGGAUUCCCAAGACAAACUUAAACACGAGUCAUUGGAGUCCCCUAGUCUUUCAGUUGAGGAGAUACCAUCUCCACAAAUAGCUUCACUGCCAGACUGGCUAUCUGACGUCACUGAAGAAUUGGAUGUCUUUAUUGUAGAGAGACACUUCCAAAAAACUUAUGAUUUAAUGAUAAAAGCACAGAGGACAUUAAGUACAGAAGAAUUUAUAACCCACCCUCAAAGGACUGAUAUAUUAAAAAAGAUUGAACAAAAGCAAAAAGUCUUGACUGAGAUAUUACUAAAAGAACUAGACGUCACUCACAACUGGAGUCCGAGAGGUGGCUUGAGAUCAUCACGUCACCCAGUACUAAUUCUUAAUAAAUUUAAUAUGACUAGUCAGGCCUGUGAACUGUUUCUUGAUAUCUGUAAUCACACAGUUAAAGCACAUGUCAAAGCUGUGCAAUUAGAGGGUUCUAUUUACAGUUAUGUGAAGCAAGUGGGGGAAGUUUUCUUCUGUUCCCUAAGUGAUGCCUUAACAGAAUUUAUUUCAUUAUUUCCUAAAAAUAAAUUAAGCGCUUUUGUUGUGUGGGCUAGUAUGCAACUUAGAAUACUCAUGAGUCAAAUUAUAAAGCAAGUAUUUACACCACAGUGUGCAUUAGAUUCCAUUUUAGAUUGUGUUCAAAGUUUAAGGGAGCAAUGUACUCUUUUCUGUGAAUUUGGAUUAGACUUAAGAUUUCAGAUGAACAGUUCUUUAAGAUCACCAAUUAUAAAAGCUUUAAGAGAGUACAAGGAGAAGAUUGUUGAUUCGAUGAAAACUAAAGUGUCAGAAGACAAAUGGACUCCUGUCAAUAUGCACACUAAAGCGGGAGUUAAUAAAUUCUUAUCACAAAUGGAAAAUUUGGGCCUUAUCUUAGUUAGGUAUGUAAUAAAUGAAACGUGGGUGGACUUAUCAAGUAGCACUAUAUGGUUUGUACAGUCUGUUAUAACUGUGCAGAAUGUUGGUUUAGAAAUUGUUACUAAAGACAUGAUGGAUGUUGUGGAUGAAUGUAUAUAUGCUAUAUUUAAUUCUCGUCUUAAAUUCUCAAUGAGGAAUGAUUCUUCAUAUGCACUUAAAAAUCUGAAGUUUAUUUUAGAAACAGUGAUGCCCUAUAUGAUUAAAUCAUAUAAGGACAAAGUUGGUUAUGAUAAUGUGAAAUUAUUAGAAUUAGCAGGUGAAUAUGGUGUCAAUAUUGCACCACCAAAGAAAUCAAACAUCACAUACACAAGUAAUGAAUAUUUAUGAGAAUGGUAAAGACUUGAUGACUCAAUUAACGUGGUGAAUGAAAGAUUAUUUUUAUUAUGCUGAAGCUUUAAUAAUGUAAUAUAUAGACAUUAAGCGUGCAAGAUUUUUGUAAGUUUAUUUAAACUGAUCAAAUUAAAAUUUAUAUUAUAUGCAAGUUAAAUAAUAUUAAAUUUUAAUAA